UUGGAAACAACAACGUGGUGGCUGCUGUCGGUUGCGUCGGUUUUUGCAGUGAUUUUAUUCAAUUUUAAAUUGAAAACUGGAAUUAAUUAACAAAUUAAACGCAUUUAGAAAGUUUAAAAUGAUUCGCAAAGUUCCAUUAAUUGUUAUUUUGGGAUCUACGGGCACAGGAAAAACGAAGUUAUCAAUCGAAUUGGCGGAGCGAUUCGGUGGAGAAAUUAUAAGUGCCGAUUCUAUGCAGGUUUAUUCUAAAUUGGACAUUGUGACCGCUAAGGCGACGAAAGCUGAACAAUCGCGAGCGAAACAUCAUCUGCUAGAUGUUGUUAAACCAGGAGAGGCUUUUACAGUUCUUAACUUUAGAGAUGCUGCAGUGUCAAUAGAAGAGGACCUGAUGUCGAAAUCAAAACUUCCUAUUGUCGUUGGUGGUACAAACUAUUAUAUUGAAAGUCUUCUAUGGAAUAUUUUGGUGGAAAAUGAUUUCCAAAAAAAUGAUAAACCAGAAACCAAACCUUCAAUCAAAAUAACAGAAAAUUUACUGGAAACAAAAUUGACAUCUGAGGAACUACAUACUUUACUAAAAAAAGUGGAUCCAACAUCAGCAAACCGUAUGCAUCCAAACAAUAGAAGAAAAAUUAUAAGAGCACUAGAGGUGUAUCAAAAAUCUGGUGAAACAUUAACUUCGAUUUUUGAAAAUCAAAGAAGUGCUUCCGGUGGCAAUCGGCUAGGAGGACCGUUAAGAUAUCCAAAUACAAUCCUUUUUUGGCUUAGAUGUAAUCAGGAUGUACUUAACGAACGUCUUGAGAAACGAGUUGAUUCAAUGUUGGAACUUGGUUUGCUACCAGAAAUAAGAAAUUUCUACAAGGAAAACUUAAUGAAUUCAUGUGAAAACAAAUACACCAAAGGCAUACUUCAAUCGAUCGGAUUGAAAGAGUUCAUUCCAUAUUUGGAACAAUUUAAUGAAGAGGAUGAUCAGAAAAAUGAAGCUUAUUUAAAGUUGAAUAAUUAUAAACUCCCAGGUAGGUUAAAGCUUUAACACCUUUUAUGAUUUUUGUUUUUAAUUAAUUUGUUCUCACUAGAUUCUAAUGGUAUAGAUAGUGUUAAUGAUCGCCCGAAGGGUUUAGAUGUUUUAAUAAGUUGCUUGGAUAGACUUAAACUUGUCACAAAUAGAUAUUCAAAAAAGCAGAUAAAAUGGAUAAAAAAUCGAUUUUUAGCCAGCGUCGAUCGACAAGUACCAGAUCUUUAUAAACUUGAUACAUCAGAUGUGAGCCAAUGGAAUUCAGAAGUAUAUGAGCCGGCAGUUGAUGUAAUUGAAUCGAUCAUUAAUGAUGUAAGACCUGAGUUGAAACCACUGGAAAAACUGGACCAUCCAGGAAAGGGAUUAAAUGAAGAGACCUCAAAUUACUGCCCCACGUGUGAAAGAGUUUUCAUUGGUGAAUUUCAAUGGAAUCUUCAUUUAACAUCCAAUAAACAUAAAAAAAGAAAGGAAAGUUUAAAGAAAAAAGAAAAAGCUGCUGCUGCUACUGCAGCUCUUGAAAAUCCAAACGAAGAAAGCAAGAAAACACAUGAUGCGUAGUAUUCAAAUUAAGGCUGGAUUAAUAUACGACUGACAAAUUAACAUUGAUUUGUUUAUUAAAAAAAAGACAAAUUUAUUGUAAUUGAAAAUUAUUAUGUUUGAAAUUAUAGUAUUUAUGCGAUUUAUGUAGUUUCAUUAAAUAAAUAUAAACACAACCAUAACACG